AUGUCGGGCUCAAAUUCAUCCGAAGAGAAAGUCGGUUUACCUUCCGCCGAAGUCGUCGAGGCCCACAGCGAGGAAUAUGAACAAUAUCUCGCUUUGGAACAACGAAUGGCAGGUGCUCCCCACAAACGACUCAUGAGAAAACUCGAUUUCCGACUCUUGCCAUCGUUAUCGGUUUUAUAUCUGCUUGCUUCGCUCGACAAGUCAAAUGCUGGUAAUGCCAAAUUAUUCGGAUUUCUCGAAGACGUUGGUAUGUCAUCAAGUCAAUUCAACUUGGCUUUGACAGUCCUCUUCUUCACAUAUGGUUUAUCGGAACCUGUCUGUAACAUUGCUCUUCGAAGGUUCGGUCCCAAAAUCUGGUUCCCAAUUGCUGUCACUACUUGGGGUUUGAUCACUACUGUCACUUGUGUUGUCCAAAAUUACGGUGGAUAUAUCGCUAUUCGACUUGCUCUAGGUGCUGCCGAAGCGACAAUUUACCCUGGUGGUUAUCUCUUGCUCAGUAUGUGGUAUAAGCCAAAAGAGCUUGCGACCAGAAUGGCCAUUUUCUACGGUGCCAACACUUCAGCUGGUGCCUUCGGCGGUGCUAUCGCUUAUGGUAUCGGUAAACUCGAUGGUGUCCAUGGCUGGCGAGCCUGGAGAUGGUUAUUCCUUAUCGAAGGUUUGAUCACUGUCUUCUUUGGUCUUUUAAGUUUUUUCUUACUCCCACCUUUCCCUCACAAUUACGAAGUUGCUACCGGUACCAAAAAAUCCUGGUUGACUCCCGACGAGGCUUUAUACGCCAAACUUCGAACUAAAUACGCCAAUGGACCUCAUCCUCCAACCUAUGUUUUCCAAUGGAGUGACGUAAUCAACGCUUUGAAAGAUAGGAAAACUUACUUGAUGAUGAUGAUGUUCUGGUGGGGUGGAAGUAUUCCAACUUAUUCCCUCUCUUAUACUCUUCCUACCAUGGUAAAGAACUUGGGUUACACAGCUAUCAAAGCUCAACUUAUGACUGUACCUCCGUACAUCUUCGCUACAGUCGUUUGUGUCACCUGUGGUGUUCUUUCCGAUCGAUUCAGACAAAGAUAUUUUGCAAUCAUGUCCGCAUACACUUUAGGCUUAAUCGGUAUCAUAAUCCUCUGGAUCACAGUCCAUCACAAACACUUGACUGGUGUCAGUUACUUUGCCAUCUUCCUUGCUGCGGCAGGUUACAACGCACAAGCACCUAUAGUCGGAUCUUGGACAUCUGAUAAUGUACCUAAUCCCUCGAAACGAGCUGCUGCUAUCGGGUUCCUCAUGGUUCUAGGAAGUGUUGGCGGUGGUGGUAUAGGAUCCAACAUCUACUUAGCUGAACAGGCUCCUUAUUAUCCACUUGGUUUCGGCUUUUCAGUCGGUGCGACACUCCUAGGUGCUAUGAUUCCUGCAACAAUCCAUUACGUGUUGCUCAGACGUGAUAAUGCCAGAAGAGAUAGGAUCAGCAAGGAUGAAGUACUUGCCACUCAUACCCCAGAAGAGUUAAGUGCAUUGGAAGAGUACAGUCCUUUGUUCAGAUACAGUACUUAA